AUGGCAGUGAAUCCUUCCUGGGCGUCAGUAAACAGAGGGACUUUUAUAUGUGACGAAUGCUGCAGUGUCCAUCGGAGUCUGGGGCGCCACAUCUCCCAAGUCAGGCACCUCAAGCACACACCCUGGCCCCCGACGUUGUUGCAGAUGGUGGAAACCUUGUAUAAUAACGGUGCUAAUUCCAUAUGGGAGCAUUCUCUGCUGGACCCUGCCUCUAUUAUGAGCGGAAGACGGAAAGCUAACCCCCAGGAUAAAGUACAUCCCAAUAAAGCAGAAUUCAUCCGAGCCAAGUAUCAGAUGUUAGCCUAUGUCCAUCGCUUGCCCUGCCGGGAUGACGACAGUGUAACUGCCAAAGACCUCAGCAAGCAACUCCAUUCCAGCGUGAGAACGGGGAAUCUUGAAACCUGUUUGAGGCUGUUAUCUUUAGGAGCACAAGCCAACUUCUUUCACCCUGAAAAAGGGAACACCCCGCUCCACGUUGCCUCCAAAGCCGGGCAGGUUUUACAGGCCGAAUUGUUGGCGGUGUAUGGAGCAGAUCCAGGCACACAGGACUCCAGUGGGAAAACGCCCAUGGACUAUGCAAGGCAAGGAGGACACCAUGAACUGGCAGACCGCCUUGUAGAAAUACAGUACGAGCUGACGGACAGACUAGCCUUCUAUCUCUGCGGCAGGAAACCAGAUCACAGAAAUGGACAGCACUUUAUAAUACCUCAAAUGGCAGACAGGUGUUGCUGGGAGGUCUUUGGGGCUGUAAUAUUGACUCGCAGCAUCAAACCCCUCCUGGGGGCAGCUGAGGCGCUCUCGUGUCCUCCUGUGUUAAUGCUUGUCCCUUGUGUCCCUGGCAUUUUUCACUUUCAGCUAAGCAAUCAUUUGUUUGAAGAACUGGCCAUGGACGUGUACGACGAGGUUGACAGGCGAGAGACCGAUGCAGUCUGGCUCGCCACUCAAAACCACAGCACCCUCGUCACCGAGACCACCGUGGUGCCCUUCCUUCCGGUCAAUCCCGAGUACUCGUCCACACGAAACCAGGGCAGACAGAAACUAGCGAGGUUUAAUGCCCACGAGUUUGCCACGCUGGUUAUUGACAUCCUCAGCGACGCCAAGCGGAGACAGCAGGGCAGCCCUCUCUCUAGUUCAAAAGACAAUGUGGAGCUCAUCCUGAAAGCAAUCAGUAGCCAGCACAGUGUUGAGAGCCAAGACAAUGACCAGCCAGACUAUGAUAGUGUGGCAUCCGAUGAAGAUACGGAUUUGGAAACCACAGCCAGCAAGGCCACCCGGCAGAAGAGCCUAGACUCAGAUUUAUCAGAUGGACCUGUCACUAUACAAGACUUUAUGGAGGUCAAAAACGCUCUAGUGGCUUCUGAGGCCAAAAUACAACAGCUAAUGAAGGUGAAUAACAACUUGAGUGACGAGCUGAGAAUUAUGCAGAAAAAGCUUCAAACACUCCAGAGUGAAAAUUCGACCCUCAGGAAACAGGCCACAACCACCCUCUAUCAGGCGCACACUGGCUCUGAGUACCCAGAUCCUUCCAGCCACUCUUCCUUAAAGAGAAGGCCGUCCGCCCGAGGCAGUCGGCCGAUGUCCAUGUACGAAACGGGAUCAGGGCAGAAGCCAUAUCUCCCCCUGGGAGAGGCGAGCCACCCAGAGGAGAGCAGGACUCGGCUCCAGCCCUUCCCCACGCACAUCGGGAGGAGUGCACUUGUGACCUCCUCUUCGUCUCUGCCUUCCUUCCCCUCCACACUCUCCUGGUCACGGGACGAGAGCACCCGAAGGGCCUCCAGGCUGGAGAAACAGAACAGCACCCCUGAGAGCGACUACGACAACACUCCCAACGACAUGGAGCCCGAGGACGUGGGAUCAAGCCGGAAGGGAAGGCAGAGGAGCAUGCUGUGGCCAGGUGACAGCCCGGCCCCAAAUGCCACUGAGCCCCACACGACGCCCAGCCCCUCGCUCCCCAGUACCGAGGACGUCAUCCGCAAGACCGAGCAGAUCACCAAAAACAUACAGGAGCUCUUGCGAGCCGCCCAAGAGAACAAGCACGACAGUUAUAUUCCCUGCUCAGAGAGGAUCCACGCAGCUGUAACCGAGAUGGCAGCCCUGUUCCCCAAAAAGCCCAAGUCCGACCUGGUGAGGACGUCCCUCCGACUGCUGACGUCCAGUGCCUACCGCCUCCAGUCCGAGUGCAGGAAGACCCUUCCUGGGGACCCCGGCUCCCCCACAGACAUUCAGCUGGUCACGCAGCAGGUCAUACAGUGUGCAUACGACAUCGCCAAGGCUGCCAAGCAGCUGGUCACCAUCACCACCAAAGAGAACCACAACUGAAGGGCGUUGGGGCGGGGGGCGGGGGUAGGUGAGAGCCGGGGGCCUUGCUCUUUCCAGGGCUUUUUUAACGUCGCCUUUCAAAUGUAGCCGAGGACCGGUCAGUUUUUUACCCAGACCAGCAUUUAAUGAUGGUUCAGACUUUUUAAAAGAAAGCUCAGUAUUAUUUUUGCAUGUUUUCUAACAAACGCCCAGCCCUGAAUUUGACCCACUUGCCUUAUUUCGUGCCUGUGUGCCGGCCCAGCUUCAGACUUCCUGUGGCAUUGUCAGUGACUGAAUGGCCGUCCACCCCCUGGAGCAGGACUUCACUGCCCACCGUUCCAGAGGACUUCUUCGUCCCGUGAGCCUCCUCCCUGCCGACAGUGAAAACUAUGAAUGAAGGCUUUAGUAAAACAUUUUCAUGAAGAGCUAAAAAAAAAAUCAACUUUAUCUGUCCCCUUCCAACUGACUGCUGCAAAGCCUCCUCCGUUUGCGGUGGUGUCUCUCCACGCACCUUUGUAAACACUGUGUCGCAACCGCUCUUGGAGUGCAGCCCCAGAUGCCUCGCUUUCUUGGAGCUGCCCUCCCCAUCAAAUGUCCCCGAUUGAAUGUUUCUGUCUCUGCCUGUCACUGUGAAGUCUGCACGAGGCCAGAGGAAACAGCCCGAGUCCCUUUGGCCAGGCUCAGGGCCAGAGUGCCACGGUGAUGUCAGCCCGUCGCCGGCUGCCCUUCCACAGUGUGCGGCCAGGAGGAGCAGGAGCCGAGCAUCUGGUUAAUAUGUGCCAGGCUAGCACGGCUCUGAACUGCGAGGGAGGCACCCUCUUCUCCCUGGCGGUGCAGCGUGCCUUGCAGCCCUACUGCAGUGACCCUUAUACCUCUGAAAGCUUCCUCAUGACCAGCCUCCCCUUUUGUGGUGACCCCUAAGGACUUCUCAUUGGUGGAGAUGUUUGCAAUCCCCCGAGUUCCCGAUCCUCAGACUUGGGCACCAGCUUCGUCAGGUUCCUCGGGGGUGUGCGCUGCCUGGCCAGCAGCCCGUCCAGAGCCGUGAGGGAGGAUAGGACCGGUCUAAGUGCUGGAACGUGCUGAAUUACUGAGGUGGGGGCGGGAGUGGGGGAGGCUGCUCAGUCUGAGUAUCGAAACCUACUCCCGCCCCUGCUCAGUGCAGCAGUUCAGUGAGGGUGUGGCUCGGACCCCCAGCCUAGACCCGAAGGCCAGGCAGCUGGGGAGCCCUGUAGGAACAUGGGCCUGUGCUGCCAGACCUGUGACUUGUCAAAAGCUGCCUGAAAUCUGGACUUCUUUGGGUCAUGUCUCCGUAUUUAAAAGUUGGCAACUAAUUCAAACGUUCUCACUGUGUGAGGAAGCCAUGGCCGUUAGGCUGUCCUCUCUGUACCUCUCCUGCUCUGCUCUGCCCUGCCCUGUCCAGCUGCUGCUAAUCUGCAUGUGAACCCCAUAUUCAGUCCCUGGGUGGUCUCUCACUCAUAGGAUGGAGGCAGGCUAGUCCCAGGGCUAAUUGUCUCUCUCUGCACAGACCAUUGGAUUCAGGGCCCGCGUGCUGUCGUGCAAGGGCCACAGCAGUGCAGGGUCUCCUGAGCUGGUGAGCGGGCGCUUCGGCUGGGCUUUGGCUCUGCGGUGGACACCCAGGGAAAGGGUUCACACCUCUGAAAUACAUCACCUUUAUCCGUACAGCCCUGAGGGCCAUGAGAGGUCUUUCGGGUGCCAAGGUGAAGCUGUAGGUUCGAGAAGGAGUCUUCUGCCUUGGGUGCAAGGACCACCCACCCCACCCCCUUUCUGGCAGCUUCCUGUCCUGAGCUGCCCCUCCUGUUGGACCCACCCAGGUCCUCAGCAAAGGCCCAUUGCCAGGGAGGCUGCGCCCACCCCCGGAGGCUGCAGAGGAAUGUGCUGUCCGAGGGUGCAGGGAGGGGCGUCAGAAUGCCCAAGGACCCUCGCUACAGGACAUUGCUUUGAUGCCCAGAGAGAGAGGGAGCCGACAGCACGCUCGGAGUGAGGACACCGCCUCUGGUCACGCACACAGCUGUGCUGAGAAGAAUUGGGGGUGGGGAGGUGGGGGGUCCAGCGGGCAGAGGAGCUGCAGGUGGCCCUCCUAAGAGCCUCCCACUUCCUUGAGUCAGAGGCUCCGCCCUUUUUUCUGACCCCAUGUUCUAGAAAGUGGUCACAUCUGCGUGAAGGAGUCCUUUUCCACUCACACCCCCCUGACCUCUCCCCAGCUGAUGGGACAGUGCACCUGACAGCAUGGCACUUGGUGGACAGACGGUAGCAGCUGUCCCCGACAGGUCUUUAACUGCUACGGAAAUGCAAAUAGUUCUUGUUUGCCAAAGAACAAGGGGUCAGACCUGCGGAUCAAAUGCCGAAUUUAGACCACCCAGGCCCUGUUUCCUCCACGACUCCGGGGAGCUGUCACACACCCCUGACCCUGCUGGCUGCAGUUGCACCCCCAUAGGGGACUCCAGCCUGCUGUGUCCUCCACAGCAUCCAUGGACUUUCCAGCAAUGAGGACUUUGGUUUCUCCCCUUGUCCCUGUCGAAGGCAACCCUUCUUUUGACAAAGGAAUAUGCUGCACAGGAAGAGGAAAUGCCUUUUCCCCCAGGUCGCUUGUCCUGCCCUCCCCCUUCGUAUGUACCUUCUCUUCCUGUAAUUAUGUACAAUCCGCCGAGCGUUGUAAAGUUGUUUGGGAUUUUGUGUCUGCUUCUUAUGCAAUAAACAGGCCCUACAAGUGUC